UCUUUAUCGUCCAUCUGCUGAUCUGCUUUGCAUUCCGAUUAAUCCAGCUUCCAGUAACCUAGGGUUACGACACCCUUUCACAUUCUCUACAUUUACAUUCCCUCCCAUAUUCCCAUUCUUCUUCUGGAACAAUCUCUUCCGUUGCUUUACAUUUCUCCUCUCCCUUCUCAAUCUCUUCCGUUGUCACUUUUGCCGAUCAAAAUAAAAAAAAAUAAAAAAAUGCUUUUGAUUGUCCCUAUAACGAUUACUGUUGAUUGGUGACAGAUGAUGAAGAGGCCGAAAAGCGAAUUUCCUGCCGCGAGGAGGUGCAAGCUGUCUCAUUUUUUGUUGGCAAUAGCUGCAUUGUACUUGAUUUUUGUUUCCUUCAAGUUCCCUCGGUUAUUGGAGAUUGCUUCGGUGUUGAGUGGUGACGAUACUAAUGCAGCUCCGGAUGAGGUUUUGGCAGGGGAUGCCGAAGAUGGAGACUUGAUCAAGCCAAUUUUGGAUAAUAUCCGGGAGGAUUUGUCUACUAGGGGAUUAGAAGAUAAUGAAAACCAAAAUGCACCCUGGACGUCACAUAAAGAGGCAGUAAAAGUGGGGAAAGGAGAAUCCCCACCAAUAAAGCCUCUCCAGCAUCGUUAUGGUCGAAUAACAGGUGAGAUAAUGAGGCGGAGGAAUAGGACUCUGGAUUUGUCAGUGUUAGAAAGAAUGGCAGAUGAGGCAUGGGAAUUAGGAUUGAAGGCGUGGGAAGAAGUGGAAAAAAUCAAUGAGAAGGAUAUAAGCCAUAGUUCUAUACUUGAGGGGAAGCCUGAGUCCUGUCCUUCAUGGGUUUCAAUGAGUGGUGAAGAAUUUGCUAAGGGUGACCAUAUCAUGUUCCUUCCUUGUGGGCUUGCGGCAGGUUCUUCCAUUACAGUGGUGGGGACACCGCAUCACGCACAUCAAGAGUAUGUUCCAAAACUUGCAACAGCGAAGAGAGGCAAUCCAUUGGUGCUGGUUUCACAAUUUAUGGUUGAAUUGCAAGGGUUGAAGUCGGUGGUCGGGGAGGACCCGCCCAAGAUUCUGCAUCUGAAUCCUAGGCUGAGAGGAGAUUGGAGUGAACUACCAGUCAUUGAACAUAAUACCUGUUACAGGAUGCAAUGGGGGACAGCGCAAAGGUGUGAUGGGUUACCAUCCAAUAAUGAAGAUGAUAUGCUUGUUGAUGGACAUAGGAGAUGUGAAAAAUGGAUGCGAAAUGGCAUAAUCGAUUCAAAAGAGUCCAAGACAACCUCAUGGUUCCAGCGAUUCAUUGGUCGAUCACAGAAACCGGAAGUGACGUGGCCAUUUCCUUUUGUGGAGAGUAGAUUGUUUGUUUUGAGUGUGCGUGCUGGUAUUGAUGGCUUUCAUAUUAAUGUUGGAGGUCGACACGUGACUUCAUUUCCAUAUCGAACUGGGUUUACACUUGGAGAUGCAACUGGAUUGGCAAUUAAAGGUGAUGUGGAUAUUGAUUCAGUUUAUGCUACCUCUCUGCCAACAUCUCACCCAAGCUUCUCACCCCAAAGGGUACUAGAAAUGUCUACAAAAUGGAAAGCUCUCCCAUUGCCCAAAACCCCUGUUAGACUUUUUAUUGGGAUACUCUCUGCAACCAAUCAUUUUGCAGAACGCAUGGCAGUUAGAAAAACUUGGAUGCAAUCUCCAGCAAUCAAGUCCUUGGAUGUAGUAGUUCGUUUCUUUGUUGCAUUGAAUCCAAGGAAGGAGGUGAAUGCAGUUCUGAAGAAAGAAGCUGCUUACUUUGGCGAUAUUGUGAUUUUGCCAUUCAUGGAUCGCUAUGAGCUUGUGGUUCUAAAAACUAUUACCAUCUGCGAGUAUGGGGUUCAAAAUGUGACAGCUGCUCACAUCAUGAAAUGUGAUGACGACACAUUUGUUAGGGUGGACACUGUCAUGAAAGAAAUCGAAGGCGUCUCUCCUAAACGGUCUCUGUACAUGGGCAACCUCAAUCUCUUACAUCGGCCUCUUAGAAGUGGGAAAUGGGCUGUCACUUACGAGGAAUGGCCUCAAGAAGUAUAUCCUCCUUAUGCCAAUGGGCCUGGGUACAUAAUAACCAGCGAUAUUGCUAAAUUCAUCAUCUCUCAACAUGCCAAUCGGCACCUACGGCUGUUCAAGAUGGAGGAUGUGAGCAUGGGAAUGUGGGUUGAGCAGUUCAACAGCUCCACGCCGGUCCAGUACUCCCACAACUGGAAGUUUUGUCAAUACGGUUGCAUGGAGAAUUACUACACGGCUCAUUACCAAUCCCCUAGACAGAUGAUAUGCUUAUGGGACAAUUUGGCGAGGGGUCGGGCCCACUGCUGCAACUUUAGAUGACAUACAGAUUUAACCGUAAGUCAUGGUUUAGACUUUUUUCUUUGUUGUCGAUUCAUCAUGUCACAUAUGGUAGGCUCUUGAGAUGGCUGCUACAGUAUGAUUUAGCCAUUGUUUUUUUGAAAGAUAAGAACAGUGAUGCGGCUCUUUCCUUGAUCCUGCUAACUUUGUAGAAUUAUAGUACUACUAUUGUAAAUUGGUUCGUACCCUGAAAUACAGAGGCAAUAUUUUUCCAUUUA